AUGAAUGAAGCAGGAAUUGAACUUCAGGAAUCAGCCAAACUCCUGAACAAUGACAGUAUCCCCGAGCUGGUUUCGGAAGCCGAUCGCAAAAUGAUUAGGCGAGUCAAAUGGAAGACUGACCUCAUCAUUCUUCCGUUAUUGGUGUCUAUUCAUUUUCUUGCACAAAUGGGACGUUCUGAUCUUGCCAAUGCCAAAGUCGCGGGUCUAGACGAGGACUUUAAUCUCGAUGCUAGCAAAUACAGCUUGGUCGCGAGUAUUCUUCUCGUUGGCUAUCUGCUCUUUCAACUACCGGCGAUGCUUCUCAUGCGCAAAGUCGGGCCACCGGUCGAGUUCGCUUGUGCCAUGAUAGUAUGGGGUGUCGUCACCGUAUGCACCAUCAAAGCUACCAAUUACGUACAUCUGAUGAUCAUCCGCACCCUAGUUGGUGCUUCAGAGGCCUUUAUUCAGGGUGCAGUUCUCUACUUGUCAUUCUGGUAUCCCUACAACGAACUGGCGACCCGGGGUGCGAUCCUUUACUCCUCAGUGGCGUUGGCCGGGACCAUCAAUGGCUUGCUUGCGUAUCUUAUUGAAAUGAAGCUUGAUGGCGUGAACGGCUGGACUGCAUGGCAAUGGAUAUUUUUCAUCGAAGGAAUCAUCCCCAUCGCAUGGGCCUUUGUCAUCUUGUUCCUUCUCCCCAACACCCCCGAGACUGUCAAAUUGUUCUUCACGCCCCAGGAGAAAAAGGUCAUCAUUGCCCGCAGCCGCGCAGCACACAACACUGGAGAGAGCAAGAUCAUUCCGAAACUGAUCGUCAAGGUCCUGACCCAGCCCCAAUUCUGGUUUGUAGUCUUGAUGGACGCGGGAGUCCACUUUUGCACAACAUCGCUAUCCAAUUUUAUUCCCGACAUCAUCAAGGGACUAGGCUAUGAAAGCAUCCAGGCGCAGCUCAUGACCGUCAUUGUCUACUGCUCGGCCCUCGUGGGCAUCCUCGCCGCCGCGCGCGUCGCCGACAAGCUCCAGAAGAGAGGUCUCAUCAUCAUCAUCUGCACCGCCGUGGCCGCCAUUGGCUACGUCUUGCUCCUGACCUUGACCAAUGACGCCGCCCGCCUCGCCGCCACCUGCGUCGUGGCCGCCGGCGCGUACCCCAUCUCGGUGCUCAGCCUGGUGUGGAUGGCCACCAACAAUGUCGGCUACACGUUUCGCGCCAGCGCCGCCGGCAUGGUCAAUAUCUUUUCCCAGCUCAUUGCCAUUUCGGCCAAUUUUGCCUUUAGCGAUCCGCCGUAUUACCGCAUGGGACUAGGUAUAUCCCUGGUCAUGAUUUCCAUAUCGGGCAUCAUGGCGGGAUUGCAGAUCGGAUAUCUCAGCCUGAUGAACAAGGUCAAAAGGGCGGAGCAGCAUGGAGAGCUGGCUGCGUGGAGGCGACAGCUGACUAUUGAUGAGAUUGGCAACGCUCAUCCGGAUUUUUUCUUUUCUUUCUAG